ACGAAGCAAGUAUUAACUGCCGACCUGUGAAACAGUGCCGACUACUAUUAAAAAUCCCAGAAAAUCAGAGAGGAAUAAAAUAAAUCUGAAGAUUUCACCAUUGCUUACACUGUCUUCCAUUUAUUUGAGGCGAAGAGGUUCUCAUAAAUUUGUAACAAUUUGAAGGUCUCCUGCUCGCUCAGAGGCCAACUCCUAAACGACCCACAAACGCGCCGACCAGUUUGUAGAAGAAUUAUUUGGUUGUCACAUUUAAAAUGGAUUUGCUUUCGACGCUGCUUGAUGGCACCAGAAAAACGUUUCCGUGGCUAACAGAUAACGACAGUCGUCGUCGUCAGUGCACAGUGAAGCUCAUGGUUCGACAGAUAGACGGUGGCGUGGCCGAACACUGGGCGCUCUGUUUCGAUUGGACGGAUCGAGAUGCAACUUACGAAGCCAAUGACGAAGACGGGUACCUUAUUCCUUACUGGAAUAGAGGUUAUCCGGAUGUUACCUACAUGUGGAAGAUGUCUCGCCGCUUUAGCUUGGAGUGUUCACCCCAACAAAUCAAUUCUAAGGCCCGUCAAAUUUCCCUGAACGGUUUACCCUACUUACUGACUGAUAGGAACUGUCACCACUGGGCCAUUGAGCUCGCUUCGCAGGUUGGUUUUAACAUCGAUGAAGCUCUGGAAAGUUACCUUCCCGGAGGCUUGAAGAGCGUCAUCAACUUUGGGUAUGCCAUCAACAACGCAACUCAAUGUUUCUCCCAGGCUGGGUCAUUGUUCGCUGGGUCAACGGUCUCCUCGAACACAGGUCACGCUCGUGCCCUGGCUAGAGCUGCUCCAGAGGCCGCGAUGGUUUCCUCCAGAGUAUCUCGCGCCUCUGCCAGGGCAAUGGAUGGCGCCGAUGGACGACAGUUACAAAGGACAAGCAGCGAUGACUCAACGGAACAAACUUUGAAGGCCGUGGCUGGGGCCGUUAUGUUCGCAGGAUAUGCCCUUGGAACCCUACUGAAAAACAUUGCCGAUGAUGAAGAUGAGUAACCAACCACUCAGCCUGUAAAAAGUAAUUAAGGAAAUUCAUACUAAAAUUUACGAAGAAAACUUUGUGUUAUUAGGUAAAUUACUUGUGUAUUCUGGUGCUAAUUGAUUUGGUAAUUACUUUUUCUUCUA